UGGCUAAAUUUGGACAACCUAUGCAAAUAAAGCAUAUACCUUCCUCAGGCUUCAGCGUCGCUCGCCAGUGACGCACCAAUAAACCAGCCAAGCCGCCAGGUAAGAACUGGGCUCGGGCUUUCAAGAAACGCCAUGUAGAACUUAAAGCAAGGAAAAGUACAGCAAUAGACUGGGAUUAUUACAAAAUCUGUGAUAAGGUCAUGCACUAGUUUGAGGUAAUUAGAAAGUGCUACAAGAUUAGACUGUCUUACCAGAAAAUGUCUAUAACAUGGACGAGACAGGGGUGAUGUUAAGUAUGCUCAGCAAUGUUAAAGUCUUUACUAGUAAGAAUAACCUGCAAAGCUAUCGAGGCGCGCGUAUGGGGCGCAUCAUAGUAACGGCAAUCGAAUGUAUUAGCGCCAGCGGUAGGUAUCUAGGCUCAAUAUAUAUCUGGCCAGCCUCAACUCAUCGAGCUAACUGGACUACGUAUCCUACUCCUAGAUGGAUUAUGCAUACUCUGAAUCUGGAUAUACCAACUCUAAAAUUAGCUUAGAGUGGCUUAAGCGUGUAUUCAAUCCCCAAACCAAAGAAUAGGCUAACUGAAAACCACGAAUCCUAACAUGUGACGGCUUCAGGACACACGAAACCCUCAAAAUCCUAGAGUUUUAUUUUGAAAAUAAUAUUGUCUUAUGUCGUCUUCCCUCUCAUAUAUCCCACAGGCUACAGCCUUGUGAUAUCGCUGUAUUUGCCCCACUGAAAGCAGCCCAUCAUGACCAGGUUGAACGUCUAGAGCGAGGAGGAAUAGGGAUAAUUGGUAAGUAACAUUUCACCUAUUUAUAUAGCCCUACAAGGGAAAGGGCUUUUACUAAGAGAAACAUCCUUAUAGGAUGGAAAGUAAGCGGUUUAUAUCCCUUUAAUCCUAAUCAAUUACUUGUAGAUAUCCCAAAGCCAGCUUCUGAAUUAAGGGCUGUUGAACCGACCAUUCCU